ACAAGUGCGACGUCAUCGUUAUGCGAUCCCAUAUGCGUGUAUUUCGUUGACUUGACACAACUGAAAGCUUUUGCUGUUGUCAAUGUGUAAAUAAUGAUCUAAAAUGACAGAUAAUGAUUCUUGUUCAUCGCAGGCAGAUCCUGCAGGGUCGCUGGACUCAGAACUGACGACAGAGAAUCGAUCAGACGAGCCUAAAACUGCUCCUGUCGUACUUAGUCAAAAACAAAGAAGAGCUCUUCUCAAGCGAGAGAGGAGGAAAAGAAAGCGCCAAGCUCUUGCUCAAACAAGAGGAACGGAUCUGUCACAGAAUGAAGACAACCAAACUGGAGAAGAGGAAGACGAGAAGAUCGGGGAGGAGCAGGGGGAAAGGUUACAUCAGGAAUGGUUGGAGAGAGAGAGAAUCGCACAGGAAGAAUUCAGGCUGAAAAGAGAGAAAGAGGAGGCGGCACAAAAAAGAAAGGAGGAAGAAGAGAAGAGGAUUCGAGAGGAAUGGGAGGAGCAUCAGAGGAAAGACAAAGAAGAGCAAGAGCAGAAGGAUCAGGAGAGGAAAGAAAGAGAGGAAGCUGUUCAGAAAAUGCUGGAUCAAGCAGAGAUGCAGCUGGAAAAUGGUGGUCCUUGGAAAAACCCUGAUGCCCCGAAGGAUUAUGGAACUGAGAAGGAUAAAGCGAACUGUCCUUUCUUUCUUAAAACGGGUGCUUGUAGGUUUGGAGACCGUUGCUCCAGAAAACACGAGCACCAGUCAUCCAGCACCACCCUGAUGGUGAGGGGGAUGUUUGUGACGUUUGGGAUGGAGCAGAUCAGACGUGAUGACUAUGACACUGAUGCCAGUCUGGAGUACAGUGAGGAGGAGGUCCAUCAGCAGUUCCUGGAAUUCUUUGAAGACGUUCUACCAGAGUUCAGGAAUGCAGGGAGGGUGGUGCAGUUCAAGGUGAGCUGCAACUUUGAGCUUCACCUGAGAGGAAACGUUUACGUUCAGUAUGACACAGAGGAGCAAUGUAAAGAAGCUUUCAUGAUGUUUAAUGGUCGUUGGUAUGCUGGAAGACAACUGCGAUGUGAAUUCUCUCCUGUAACUAGAUGGAAGACGGCUAUAUGUGGACUAUUUGACAGACAGAAAUGCCCAAAAGGGAAACAUUGCAACUUCCUCCACGUGUUCCGAAACCCAGGCAAUGAAUUCUGGGAAGCAGACCGGGAUCUUCAUAUGUCCCCUGACAGGGGUGGCGGUGGCUUUUCAAGUCGACACUUUGGAAGCAGAGAUGGAAUGUGGUCCCAGAGAGGGAAUAGCCCUGACCGAUCUCAGCGCAGAAGGACAGAUCGAAGGAGCCACAGCCGUGAGAGGUUUAAUUAUAGCAAGAGGCGGAGUCGCAGCCGGGAGAGGCGGAGUCGCAGCCGGGAGAGGCGGAGUCGCAGCCGGGAGGGGCGCAAUCACAGCCGGGAGAGGCGGAGUCGCAGCAGAGAAAGAUACAACCAAAACAGGAAAAGGCAGAGCCACAGUAGAACCAGAGAGAGAAGGAUGUCACAGCAAUCAUUAUUAAAACGACAGAGGUCUGAAAGAGAACAAUCCAAACGGAGCAGGAGCCGAUCCCAAAGCAAAGACAAAGAAUGUACCUUAGCAGAAAAGAGGACAAAAUCAGACAGUCCAGAGAUUGUGUCCAAAAACGGAUCCGUGAAAAGUCACCGUCACCAUAGGAAAAGCAAAAGCCCAGAGAACACCGAAACAGACAGAACUAUCGCUCCACACCGCCAUAAGCACUCUAAAAAGAGCAAGAAAAAGAGCAAAAAGAAACACAAAAGGAAGAAGAGUAAAUCCCGCAGCCCGAGCUCUUCUGCAGGGUCUGAUCCGGAAGACCCUGGAAAUGAGGAGCGUGAUGUGACUCCAUCAGAAAAAGUGGAAGUGAGCACAGAGGCUCCUGCUGUGGCAUCUAGCACAUGUUCACCAGAAGACACAGCAGAGAUCCAGACUUUAGAGCAGUGUCAGCGAGAAGAUGAAAUUCAUGUUGUGCUUUUAGACUCUGUUAACUCUCAAAUCUCCCAACAAUCUGGAUCGAUUACAUAAAAAAACUCUGCUACUGUUUUCAUAGAGCAGCUGCUGUUUUAUUUUUAAUUUGUAUUACAAAAUGCCCACUUUUCCUAGUGCUGUCAUGGUUUUUGGUGAAUGUAUUGUCUAUACAUUUGUUAUUAAAUGACUGUUUACUGAAGACAUGAAGUGUUCAUGAGUGCUGGAAUGACAU